UCAUUUUAUUCUCAUAGGCACACACCAAGAAUCUCCUUUACCCACUAGUCCAUAAAGCCUGGUGCUUUAUUUUGGCUUUAGGAAAACAGCUUCGUUCAAACCCUCAGGAUCCAGCUGCUUGUGUGAUGUUCUGUUCAGAGACCGCAUUCCCUGUGUGACAGCAUUUGCUUCUGGACCACAGGGUGUAUUGCCGCUGGCUGAUAUAUGCGUGGGACUGUGGACUACAGAGUCAAAACUUGAUGCAAUAGGUUUGCCUUCAGCCCUGACGACAAUGCUGUCUGAAAGGUAAGGGGCUGAUUCUGCUCUCGGUGGGUCUCCUGCAAUGGGUGGGCCCCGAUUCAGGCCCCAAAGGUCUGACUCUGACAUGGCAAUCUGGAGCAACUCCUCUGGACUCAGUGGGGGUGAAACUGGUGUAAGCUGGGGGGGGAGAAUCUGCGUCUGAUCUCCGUGUAAAUCAGGACUAACUCCCCUGAAAUCCAGGCGCUUCUUGCUGUGAGAGCGGGCUCUUUGAUCUCGGCAGAGGUUGGGCUGAAGGAGUUAAUACGGAGCGAGUAAAAGGUGGGGGGGAAUGCUGGAGUUGACACUUAAACAGGAGAGGCGGGUCCCUCUGGCUCCUGAUUGGCCUCCACUUCCAUCCAAAACUUUUUUUUUUUUCCUUUUUCACUUCUCCUCCUCCUGCUUCUCCGGGUCCCAGGGGAGGGGAAAGUGGAAUAGUGCGAGAUCAAAAAUAAACCUCUUAUGUCAAACGAGGGGGAAGAAAGUAUAAAUACCGAGAAGUCGGCAGCCUGCUUUGGGGCUGCAAAGGCUUUGGAGGGGCUGCUCCAGGCGAGCUUGGCCAGAAGCGUCAGGGGAAGACAGGCGGGAAGCAAACUCUUAGCGGGAGUGAGAAGCCCCUUCCCCAAGCCCCCUCCGGCUCAGCACCUUGCCCAAGCAGCCAGCUGACUUGCUGCUGCUGGGUGUUUGGUUUGCCAAGGUGCAGGGAGCUGGUGCUGACCCCCAGUCCGGGCUCCGGAGGGAAGCGGAGCUUUCCCCAUCUCUCUCGCUCUCCUCUUGCUGGUAAUUAAACCAGCCGGCGUUAAUCUCUCCCUCUUCUAUUGCAUCUGGCUUCACUCCCCAGCGCCGGUCCCACGCCGGCUUGCGGAGCGCGCCCUGCCCUGCCCUGCCGGGGGUGGCACUUGGGUCUCCCGUCGCACUGGUCCGGUUCCAAGCCCGUGGCAUCCAUGCCCCUGUCCCGUCGGGAGCCGCCCCUGCCUGGCAGGCUGGCACCUGCCUUCCCCCUCCUGCUGCUGCUGGGCGCUGCCCGCGCGCUGCCCCGCCAGCCCGGGGACUCCCAGGAGGUGGUGCCGGUGCGGAUCCCAGACCCGCGGGGCGGAGAGCAGGUCUCCUUCUGCCUCUCCGCCUUCAGCCGGGACUUCGUGCUGCAGCUGGUGCCCGACGCCCGCUUCCUCGCCCCCGGGCUGAAGAUUCAGCGCCUGGGCCGGCCUGGCCCGCGGGCGGAGGAAGCCGAGGCGGGGCUGAGGAAAUGCUUCUACUCCGGGACCGUCAACUCGCAGCCCGGCUCGCUGGCGGCCGUCAGCCUGUGCCGGGGCAUCCGCGGCUCCUUCCUGGUGGACGGGGACGAGUACCUCGUCCAGCCCGCAGCCCGCAGGGGCGGCGAUCCCCUGCUGCAGCCGCACCGGCUCCAGAGGAGGCGGGCGCCCGAGCUUCCAGAGCCCGGGAGCGAGCUGCCCGUGGGGACCAGCCGCCGAGCCAAGCGCUUCGUGUCCGCGGCCCGCUUCGUGGAGACGCUGCUGGUGGCCGACGCGUCCAUGGUCCAGUUCUACGGGGAAGAGCUGAAGAACCACAUUCUGACCCUGAUAUCAGUGGCCGCUCGGAUCUACCAGCACCCUAGCCUAAAGAACUCCGUCAGCUUGGUGGUGGUGAAGGUGCUGGUUGUGGAGGAUGAGAAGGCCGGGCCGGAAGUGUCUGACAAUGGAGGGCUCACGCUGCGCAACUUUUGCAACUGGCAACAGAGCUUCAACCCCGCUAGUGACCGUCACCCAGAGCACUACGACACUGCUGUCCUGCUGACUAGACAGGACUUCUGUGGGCACCAGAGCUGCGACACUCUGGGAGUGGCUGACAUCGGCACCAUGUGCGACCCCAACAAAAGCUGCUCUGUGAUUGAAGAUGAGGGUCUCCAGGCUGCCUACACCCUGGCUCAUGAACUAGGACACGUGCUCAGCAUGCCCCAUGACGACUCCAAGACCUGUGAGAGGCUCUUUGGGCCCCUGGGAAAACAUCACAUGAUGGCUCCUUUCUUUGUCCACUUGAACAAGACCCUGCCCUGGUCCCCCUGCAGUGCCAUGUACCUCACAGAGUUUCUGGACGGGGGACAUGGUGACUGUCUGCUUGAUGCGCCAGCCGAACCCAUCGUCCUCCCCACAGACCUUCCAGGCCAACUCGCCAUGUAUGACCUGGACCGUCAGUGCCAGCAGAUCUUCGGCAAGGAGUUCCGGCACUGCCCAAACACCACAGACGAGGACAUCUGUGCGCAGCUGUGGUGCAGAAUGGACACCAGGGAGCCCCUGUGUCACACCAAAAAUGGCAGCUUGCCAUGGGCAGACGGUACGCCCUGUGGAGCGGGCAGGCUGUGCUGGGAUGGCAGCUGCGUGGCACAAGAUGCGAGGAAGCCCCAGCCCGUGGUGGAUGGGAACUGGGGCCCCUGGAGCCCAUGGGGAGCCUGUUCCAGGACGUGCGGAGGAGGAGUCCACUUCUCGUACCGGGACUGCAACGACCCCGCACCUCAGAACGGUGGAAAAUACUGCGAGGGUCAGAGAGCCAAAUAUCAGUCAUGCCGCACAGAGGAAUGCCCACCGGACGGGAAGAGCUUUAGAGAGCAGCAGUGCGCAAAGUACAACAGCUACAACUUCACAGAUCUGGACGGGAAUCUGCUGGAGUGGCUCCCCAAGUAUUCCGGGGUGUCCCCCCGGGACCGUUGCAAGCUCUUUUGCCGAGCCAGAGGGAGGAGCGAAUUCAAAGUAUUUGAGGCCAAAGUGAUCGAUGGGACGUUGUGUGGGCCAGAGACCCUCUCCAUCUGCGUCCAUGGGCAGUGCAUCAAGGCUGGCUGUGACCACGUGGUUGGCUCCUCCAAGAAGCUGGACAAGUGUGGGGUGUGCGGUGGCAAUGGGUCGACAUGCAGGAAAAUAUCUGGCUCACUCAACAGAUCCAAGUAUGGAUAUAAUGACAUCGUCACAAUCCCUGCUGGAGCUACCAACAUUGACAUCAAACAACGCAGCCACCGAGGGGUCCGUCACGAUGGAAACUACCUGGCUUUGAGAACCCUGGACGGCAAGUACCUCCUGAAUGGAGACUUUGCCAUUUCAGCCAUGGAGCAAGACCUCCUGGUGAAGGGGACAAUCCUGAAGUACAGCGGCUCUCUGACGACCCUGGAGCGGCUCCAGAGCUUCCGGCAGCUUCCGGAAUCUCUCACUGUCCAACUGCUGACCGUCUCCAGUGAGGUCUUCCCGCCCAAGGUGAAAUACACUUUCUUCCUCCCCAAGGACAUCCCCUUUAGCAAGCAGAAGGUCAAGGAAAAGAAAUCAGCCAACAUUAUCCAGCCCAUGCUGACCUCGCAGUGGGUUAUGGGAGACUGGUCCGAGUGCUCCAAAACCUGCGGCUCUGGCUGGCAGAGGCGAACGGUGGAAUGCCGGGAUGUGGAGGGCCAGGCCUCCACCACCUGCGACAAGGCUCUGAAGCCUGAGGACAUCAAGCCCUGCGGCGACCUCCCGUGCCCCAUUUGGCGCGUCGGCCCCUGGUCGCCGUGCUCCCGAACUUGCGGCGAGGGAGUGCGGACGCGGAGCGCUGCCUGCAUUGACUAUGCAGGAAAGAUCGUAGCCCCUGAGAAAUGCAGCUCGCCCCCGCCCCAGGCAGCGACCGCUGCCUGCGUACUGCAAGAAUGCUGAGCCAGGACAGGCCUAGUGCAUCGGAGACGCGUAACGUAGCCAACUACUAACCAGACCAGACCUGGCUUGGCAAGUCAAGCAGGGACGUAGGUUUAAAAGUGAACGUGCACUAAUUGACCUGAGCAGGCCCCCGGGGGCAGACCUGCUUGGAAGACUCUUUUCUGGUUCCAUCCCCCGCCAAUAGACAUCUACCUCAGAGGGGGCGGAAAAUAGUCCGGGGGAAAGGAGGAGUCCAGUGAUUUAUUUUUACUGGUCAAUAGCAGAUGAAUUUUAAUUUAAGGAGCGAGUAAUCCUAUUCUAGGCUAUUUCCCAAAAGGAUGACCUGAGUUUCAGCCAUGCCCACCCAUUCUCCUUCAUUAUUUACCAUAUGUGGCCUGAGAGACUCAUCUGCAGGGAGGCUGAGGGGUAGGAUAGCUGCACCCCCUGGCUUGAAGGGGUUUCCAUUAUGUUCAGGGUUUACAAUUUGGUUCAAUGGCUCUCAGCACCCCCACUAUACAAAUUGUUCCAGCACCCCUGAGUUUAACACAGGUUUGUUUGUUUUUUCAACCUGUAUGGGAUGAAGGGCCUGAUCCUGCCACCAUUACUCAGGUAGAAUUCCCAUGCUCUUCAGUAAAGACUGUGGGAGCAGAAGCCUUAAACAUGACCUUAUACUAAUUUGGCAAAUUCCAUUAGGGUUCGUUACUACAGAGGGGUUUAAGCUGCACAAUUUGGCCCCUCUGCCCUGUCCCAACUUCAGUGGUGUUCGGACCUGGGGCUUUGGUUCAGCCCAUUUGAAGCUGGGCCCCUUUGCCAAACUUCUGUGGAUCGUGGCUCCGAUUUCGGUCCCCUUUGUCCCAAAGUUUGGGGGUGUUUGGAUCCAGGGAGCUUGUUCAGGGCCAUCUCUAUUCUUAGAUGGUUAUAUACAACCAUCCACCAUCUGAACAGAUGAAAGGAGAGGGGACAAAGUCGGUCCAUUAGUAGUGCACAAAUGCAGUGGAAGCCCUGCGGAAAGUCAGCCUGCAAAGUCAAACCCAGCAUUGCACGUGUCCAUCUGAACCUUUCCGACUUGUCUCUCUCAGUUAGCCUGCACAGACAACCAAUGAACUGUUGCAGGAGGCAGAGUGUUGUGAGUAGGGGACCGAGCUCCAGCUACUCCUGAGUCUAAAGGACACUAAUUCCUUUAUACAGCCUUAGAUGAGUCACUUAACCUCAGUUUCCUCAGCUGUAAAACGGGGCUAUUGGCACUACCCUGAAUCACAGGAUGUCAUGAGGAUUAGCUGAUGUUUGUACAGUGCUUUGAAGGUGAAGAGCAAAAUGUUUAUUGCAUGAUAUAAGCUAGAUGCUGCAUCUCAACUAUGCCCUGUCUCCUGACCAGGAGGGUGCGAGCUAGUGUUUCCUUGCGCAUGGAAACCCUCCUCGAUUUUCAGUCAAUUCUCCCACCACUUUGCCCUAGUAUUGUCCUCCAUCUGACCAGUCCUGACCAGGACAUCUAAAACAGCUUCUCCCAAGGCUGGAGUCUUUUUUUUUCCCUAGCAGGGAUUGCUGCCAGAGCUAAGUAACACAGCCAGCUCUUCUCUCUCUCCGACCCAGAUGUUGUCUGUCCCCAGUGCAGACAUCUGGCCAGUCUCUGAACUUUCACCUUUUGAAGCAAGCUCCCUGUGCUACACAUCCGGUGAGACUGAUCAGACCUGGCAGCAGCCUCUGUCUUUAGGGAAAAUGUGCAAAUUUACUUUUCAUCAAAGUUUCUCAAUAGGGGAGCCUCAUAUUACCCAGAAGUUCCAUUUUCUUAUGCCCCUACCUUGGGGACUCCCAAGCAUCUUUCUCCCUUUUGAUGCUCUCACACUCUCUCUCUCGUGUGUACGGCUUCCAUUUAAUUGUUGGAAACAAACCCCAGCGAACUAAAGAGAUCUCCAUUUGUCUGUCUCUCUCUCUGCCUGUCUCAUGUGUGUCCUUUUCUAAUUAGGGCUGGGUGACCCUCCUGGAGGAUAAGAUUCUGUGAUCAUUGAAAACUAUUUGGGGGAGGGGAGGGGUUCUCAAACCUAUUGACCCUAUUUUCCCUGUAUUUUAAUUCUAGGUUUUUCUAGCUAAAGCAAAGCCUGUACUAUAGGGAGGGGCAUGCCAGCAUUUCCCCAUCGGAACAGUAGUGAGAGCAGGUUACUAAGAGGCAGGAUUCCUCGGGUCUGUUCCUGACUUUGCAGCUGCUUUCUGACCUUGGGGAAAUCACUUCUGUUCUCUGUACCUGUGGCUACGUCUACACUGUGACACCGAGUCUCCGAGCCUAGGUCAAUUGACUCACAGGGAUUGGCUGUGGGGCUGCAAAUAGCAACCUAGAGGUUUGGGCUCGGGCUGGAGCCCAGGCUCUAAGAUCCACCCCCCUUGUAGGGUCCCUGAGCCCGAAUGUCUAUGCUGCAAUUUUUAGCGCCGCAGCCUGAGCCCUGAGAGCCCAAAUCAGCUGACGCAGGCUAGCUGCCCUGCAGCCAUGCCGCAGGUCUUUUAUCUGUAUAGGAGAGGCCUGGCCGAGGUCAGCUCCUUAAAGGUCAGCAACGUAUUGUUACAGAAUGAGAGUAUUUGAUGAGGCCGGGAGGAAGCUAUUUUAGCCACAGAUGUUAGCAGGGAGGGCGCACGGAGUGGGUGGGCGGCUGCAGAGCCCUUGUAAGAGCCAUUCUUUUAUUUAUUUAUUUUUCGUUGUUAUUCUUAUUAUGCCAGAAAUUGACUCAUGCAUCUUUGACCUGCUGCUCCUCCUGGGGCUGGCACUCCAUGCAGAAUGUGCUCUGGCAACCUCAUUAGGGGUGUGCCCCAAGACGACCUCCACAGUGGGGUCACCCUUUUUUCCUGCAGUCGGUGACCUUUCAAACUAAAGCUGCUACAUGUGCUGCUGCUAUGGGGCUCCCCGGCCUUUAUCCACUCCCUGCAUAGACUAGAGUUAACAUGCCGCUAGCUUGGCCCACGUGAAAGGGAGACCCUUGCCUGGGGCCCCAUUAAACAGCCACGCCAAGGAAAAAGGGAAGGGGGUUGACCCUUCCACCUUGGAAUCAGGGCCGGCUCCAGGAUUUUGGCCGCCCCAAGCAGCCAAAAAAAAAAAAAAAGCCGCGAUCGCGAUCUGCGGCGACAAUUUGGCUCCUUCGCUCCAAGCAGGAGUGAGGGACCAUCCGCCGAAUUGCUGCCGAACAGCUGGACCUGCCGCCCCUCUCCGGAGUGGCCGCCCCAAGCACCUGCUUGGUAAGCUGGUGCCUGGAGCCAGCCCUGCUUGGAAUGGAGUUGGGACAGUGAAAGAGAAGCCUGUUUUGUUCAUCUUGAAUAAAGAAUAGUCUGCCUGCUGGCUGCACCGUAUUUAAUGUAAGGGGCACCUGGAAUAGAAGUGCUAAAACCAACAGUUUGGUUCUUCAGUUAAACUCUAGCACUUUCUUUGAGGAAAUCUAGCUAGCUCGCUCGAAGGUGUGUGGCUAAAUCCUCGGGUCGCAUUUGAAUAUCUCAACCAGUAUCUCAAUACUGGGCUGACCCAAAAUCCCAGAUCUGAAAGCUCCUGAUUUAGGGGUUCAAAAUCCAGAUCCAAAAGUGUGGCCUAUUCAACCUUGGGGUUUGGAUCUAGACCCUUACAAAGAGAGGUUUGAGCUUUGAACUCUUAUCAGAAGUUGGAGUAAGGAGGGUUGGGUCCUACCCACGUCUUAAUAAGAACUGACCCAAACCUGAGCUGAACCCAGAUAGAACCUUAGCACUGCUGCCUCUUCAUUUCUAGAUUCUGGGGGCAGAUGUGCUAAAAUACCAUGAGAAAGGCUGUUUGCACCAGGAAUCUUUCCAGAAAGCCAGUCCUCACUAGACAUCUAGCUUAAUUUUGAAGACCUAGAACAUUCAGGCCCUGAUCUUCCUCCAGCAGGAUAUGGAUAACUCCCACUGAAGCCCAGUGAAGUUUUUCUUAUCCUGGGGGUUUAGCUGAAGGGAAGAGAAGACCCCUGCUGAUCUGGUUGUUUCCUUUAAUCAAACUACUGAAUUUCAAGUUUGCUCUCCUCCAGAUAUGUUGGGAAAUCUUUACAAAUCCUCAUUGGCUUCUUUCAGGACGCAGUGACUCAUGCGUUUCUCACCUUCCCUUUGCUGAUCUGAGAAUGUGUAUGCAGAGCAGGUCAUGAACUCAAUAGCGCCCUCCUCCAAUAUCAUUUUACUGGCAUGUUACACAAUAUAUAAAAUGGUCGGACCCGAGCCAGAGGGUGCACGUCAGGGUCCAGACUUUGAAAAAGUUCACAGCGUGAAGAAUCCAGAAUUUCUAUUAGGCCCCUUUUAUGGAGGUAAUGGACAGCUGCAAAGUUUGGAUCCAGCACUGAAUUUUCCCAGAGUUUGAGGUUCAAUUCAGGCCUCUCUAAUGAACACACACAGAACGCUGCUCUAGCUCCAGGAAUUUAAACCAUCUCACACGCUCCAACAAAUCGUUGGAUGCUGAAGUCAUGCUUUCUUGCUUUGGUAUUUUUUUUCCUUCACAUGUGUGAGUGUUUAACUCAAAAGCAACUAUGUGUCUUUUCUCCAAGGUUGUAGUGCCCAUUUG